GAUUCAAAAGCGCGCCACCAUGAGACAAGACGGAUAAGCACGUGCAGUGCUAAAUUUUAUAAAACUGAGAUAUGUCAGUGUGUUGAGCGUUCAGUUGUUGGUUCUUUUCUAAAUUCAGGUUUUGUGUUAAGAGUAGGCCUAUUACAUUUUCUUUUUCAGAUUUGUGGCUCUGGAGUCGGAUCAAACAUAAUCAAGAUUUUCUAUCUAUGAGUAGGACUACAAGGCAGGAUUCUUCAUGGUCGGCUGGCACAUCUUCAAGUUCAACUCUUGACCUACAUUGACAACUUCCCACUUAAGAACUUGAAGGAUGAAAGUUAAUUGACGAGUCUUCAAAAUUUCAGUUGUCGAGCUGAUUGUGUUAUUGAAAGAACAGCCCACAAGAAGAAAUGACAAAUUGAAAAAAAAACCUGAAAUGCACCAUUUAUAAGUUAAAAAUUUCAAACCAACAUGAGUGCCUGUCAAUUCGUGAAAUUCUGGCAAACAUGGCAAACUGCUCCAAAAGUCUCAGUGAAGAAAUUUUUGGGGAGUCUGAAGCCCAUUCAGCAUGUAUUUGCUGCUAGGACUGGCAGUUGCAAGCUUUAUGUCACCAACUACGUGACCAAAAUCCCUUGCCGGAAGAGUUUGGUCAACUAUGGUUGCAGGACUGCCGUCACGGCAAUAAGAACAACACCAAGUUGUAAUUUCUCAACUUCAGCAGUAUCUUCGUCGAAGAUUUCUACUCCGUCCUCGUUACCACCGUCCUCCGAGGCGCAACGGAGACAGGAAGAGGCGAGUGACAUGGCAACGACUCAACUCGUCGGCAAACACAGGAGACGUCAGGAUCGAGUAUACGUCUGGGGGCUGUCAUACACCGGCGCGCUGGGAAUUCCAAGUUUCGUCAAGCCGAAACAGAAAGGGAAAGAUCGUAAGCCUAGAAGGAAGUACCAGUCUUCCCCGUACUUGCUUCAGCAAAAUGAAAAGAUUACCUCCAUUGCGUGUGGAUACGGCUUCACCCUGCUAGCGAGCAACACACUACAAACCACCAAAGUCUGGGGAACCGGUAUCAACACGGACUCACAGCUUGGGUUCCAGCCCAGAAGCAUAGAGAAAGAGGAAGGUAUGGAUUAUAUACUGGCCCCUGUUCCCAUCGAUCUGCCGCUGACCAGACCGCGAGCAACCAGAGUCGCCCAGGUGUCGUGUGGGAGGGCCCACUCACUCAUACUCACCGACAACGAAGGAGUUUUUAGUUUAGGAAACAAUGCCCACGGACAGUGCGGAAGAACCAUCAUUGAGACUGAGAACUACAGAUCCAACGCAGUCAUUCAUAACAUCAAAGGAAUCGAAGGAACAGUGACGCAGGUUGAGUGCGGUCACGACCAUAGCCUUUUCCUGACAGAAGAGGGCGCUGUUUACAGCUGCGGCUGGGGCGCAGACGGCCAGACUGGACUGGGUCACUACGAGAGCGUUGACCAUCCAGUGCCACUUGAGGGCGACAUUAAAGGAGAGAAAAUCAUCAAAAUAUCUACAUUUGCUGACUGCUGCCUUGCAGUGUCUGAGAAAGGUGAUAUAUUUGGAUGGGGCAACUCGGAGUACAAUCAGCUUAACAGCGUCACAGAAGAAAUGCAGGUGUACGAGCCAAGGCGUCUUCCAUUCAGCGGUGUAGGGAAGGUAGUGGGUGCUGCAGCUGGAGGGACCAUUUGCCAGCUUGUUAAUGACGCCGGCGAUGUUUUCGUUUGGGGCUAUGGCAUUCUGGGUAAAGGACCCAAGCUGAGCGAGAGUAAAUAUCCGGAGCACGUCCCGGCCAUCUUGUUUGGACAGACAAAGCUGAAGCGGGACGUCAUGGUAACCCAAGUGCAUUGUGGGUUGCAUCACUUCGCUGCAGUUACAAAUCAUGGAGAUCUGUACACCUGGGGAACGAACGACUCAGGCCAUCUGGGCUUGGCAAGUCUGCAAAACCAAUUCUUCCCACUCAGGGUGUGUAUGGCAGCAGAAGUCAAAACAGUGGCCUGCGGUGUGGAUCACACGGUGGCGCUCUGCAAAACAUUUGUCUGAUACAGGUUUAUUGUAUCUCGUCAGAAGAUUUCGUCAGCCAGAGCCUCGCGCUGUUUCUGCUUGGCCUUGGCCCAGACGCGGCGCCCUCCGUUGACCGAAUAUGGGUCCUCGGGCACUUCAAUAUCCUGGGCCCCGGUCUCCUGGAAACGCUUCAGACUCCGCUGGCGGAAAGCAGCUGAAACACGAUAAGUAAUUACAAGACAUUUAGUGCCUUUAAAAUGACGUCGGCAGUCGGAGGAAAUGUUGCAAUAAAUUGAUUAUAGAAAAUA